AUGAAGGAUACUCCAGAAGGGUCAGCGGUUGGCAAAGCUAGCGAUGUACCUAACACAAAGUGCCCCAAAAGCCGGCCACCGGCUGGCCUGCGCGAGAAGAUAUUACGGAAACCGCUGCCAUACUACAGUGGACCGUAUUCCGUUGGACAAAUGGACAUUGAAGUACCCGUGCGAGAACCAAGGACAUUCUCUAAUAUCAAGAGACAACAUAAGCAUGUUUUGAACCUCGAGACCGUCCUGUUCAGCAUUUUCUAUCCUUCUGGAUUUGGAUCAGGUGAAGGGGUCUCUCCCGAAGGAGAAAAGAAUUGGAGUCGAGCAACAUGGUUACCAAGGCCUCGUAUUGAGACGGCAAAAGGUUAUAGCAAAUUUGCUGGUCUUCCUUCAUGGCCAACUAUCGCGUGGUUCGGCAUGACAACCGCUUUCACCAAACUUCCUGCAUUCCGUAAUGCCAAGUUGGCAACACAUUGGCCUCCUGAAAAUGCACGAGAAUCUAAAUCGGGAUAUCAGACGAAGAAUAGCGCAGCGGACCCCCCUCCUGGAGAGCCAGAAUCACCAUGUUUUCCGUUGUUGAUUUUCAGUCAUGGCCUGGGGGGAACUAGAACUACAUAUAGUUCUGUCUGUGGAGAAUUUGCCAGUUAUGGAUUUGUAGUUGUGGCUGUGGAACAUCGAGAUGGGUCGGGACCACGCACUUUCAUCAAUUUACCAAAAACCGGCGAUAAGUUUGGGUCACAGAAUGUAGACCAUACUGAUGAAGCACGUGAUAGAGGCUAUGAGAGAUUCGAUUAUGUUUUUCCCGAAGGCAAUGCCAGAGAUACUUUCCCUAAUAAUGAACAAGGUGUCGACGCCGAACUCCGCGCUGCGCAAAUACAACUGCGGCUCGCCGAAAUCGAAGAAGCAUACUACAUCAUGACCCAAAUUCACGAUGGAAGUGGCUCUCAAAUAGCCCAAGCCAAUCUCCGUGAAAGCUCUCCAGGCCGUAUCGGUGGUUCCUCUCGAGGUCUCAAGGGCAUAGACUGGGAAAGCUGGAAGGAUCGCUUUCACCUCCAGCAAGUUACGAUGCUGGGACAUUCUUUCGGCGCCGCCACCACAGUCGAAGUUCUCCGCACCCAAACUGAGCGAUUUCCCUACGUUUCGCAAGGAAUUCUCUAUGAUCCAUGGGGAGGCGCAAUCCAACAAGCAGAUAGUGAAUCGAAGUACCAGAUUCAUAAACCGUUGCUUUGUAUUAAUAGCGAGGCUUUUAUGUACUGGCCUUCGAAUUUUUCCAGCAUCAUGUCACUUUGUCGCGAAGCGAAAUCCCAAGGUACACUGUGCUGGCUUCUUACCGUCCGCGGCAGCGUUCACAUUUCGCAAUCUGAUUUCUCGCUCCUUUAUCCGAAUGUCAGCAGUUUUCUUCUGAAAAUGACGGUUAACCCACGCAGAGCUAUCGAUUUAAAUAUCAACGCCAGUUUGGAAUUUUUGAAAAUGGUAAUGCCGAAGAGAAUUAGUGCGAUGAAUAGAGGUACGGAUGAGGGAAUCCUUCAGGUUGAACAAUUGGAUCGGUUGCCUGAUGUGCAUCAGCCGAAGGAUAAAUAUAUUGCGGGUAGAUUGAGAAUUCCACAUGAAUUACGCAUUCGAUUAACGCCAUUGUGGAUGAGGAGAUAUAAGGGGGAAAAGGUGAAACAGCAUCAGGAGGGAGGUAAUGGUAAAUCUGGGAAUAUCAAACGGGGGAAAAAUAUUGCGAGGGAUCCGUUGGGAAAUGUAUUACCGGGUUUGGAAGAUUUGGAGGUGGGAGAAGAGGUUUGGAUGCAUGUUGCUCCUACGGCGGAAGAGUUGGUAAGGCAUGGUAUUGAGGGGAAGAAUGGGAAUCAGAGUGCGGCGAGGGAGAGGGAUAGAGAUGAGCGGAACAGAGGUGGUAUGGUGGAUUCUGGGGGUCCUGGGGAGGGAGGGGAACAGGAGAAUGAGGGGGGUGGGGUGGUGGGCCAUAGGGGGAUUGAACAGCGGAUGAUGGAUAGAGGGUGA